AUGGCAGAAACGAGAAGAUCACGAUUACAUGAUGAUGUUGAUAAUGAACAAUUUUAUCAAGAAAUGCAAGAUUUUAAUGAAAUCUUUGCAAGAUUUAAAGAUGAUUCAGAUGUUAAUUCUAUUAAUGUUAAUCAUUUAACUGAAAUUCUACAAGCAUUUGGUCGUAAUCCUUCAUUAAAAGAUUCACAAGAAAGAGUCAAUGAACUCGAAUUAGUUGGAAAAUAUGAAUUAACAUUAGAAGACGUUUUAACAAUUCUUGAUGAACCGUGGACAACAGUUAAUAAUGAUCAUGAUACACUUCAUCGAGCAUUAAAAAAAUUUGAUGAAACACAAGAAGGUUAUAUUGAUGUUGAACAUUUUCGUACAGUAAUGAGUACACUCGGUGAACCAUUAUCAGAAAAAGAAGUGGAUGAUCUUAUUGAAUUAGGUUUACAGAAUGAUGAUCAAAAAAUCGAUAUCGAGUAUUUACUUGUUCAAUUACUUGGCAAUCAUGCAUAA